AGUUUCUCUAAAUCAGUUUGCAAGAUCCACGCCAUGCCUGUCACAAUCUUAACUGCUCAGCCUGAUCUUUCCAACGAGGUAGUUCGACACAGUGAGAGUGGAGUAGAACUGGAAGUUUUACCUCCACUCAGGGGUAUAACAGAAAACAUGAAGGGCGAUUUGAAUAUUACAGAGAGUCAGGUGUACUUUUGGUCCGAGUCACAUAACACCGGAGUGGCGCUGUGGUAUCCUGAUAUUAUCAUACAUGCAAUAAUGCGUCAAGCUGACCGCGAAGCCAUAUAUUGUCAGCUAGGCGAGGGCAUCCACUUCCCUGCACAGGUCGCGGAGAAUGGAAACAACGACGAUGAAGAGGACGAAGAUAUAAUGGCCGAGUUGUAUUUUAUUCCAGCCAAUGGUGAUUCAUUGGAGGCGAUAUACAAUGCCAUGUCUCAGUGUGCAGUCUUGCAUCCUGAUGCUGAUGCUGACGGAGAGGAAUUUGAAGAGGAAGAGGAAUGGUAUGCUAACCCAAGCGAUGAAGCCGAACUCAAUGAGGUUCAACGAGCAGCUUUAGAUCAUUUGGCUACAGUAUUUCAACCUCCAGUAAAUGGAAAGCAGACGCACGAGAAUGAUGAUGGUGCGUUUGAAGACGCUAUGGAAGAAGAAUAAAGGCUGGUUAAAUUUCAAUGUCUGAGAACAAUUGCAUGUGAUUCUGAGUCAAAAUAAAAAUUCCAAAUGGGUGCCAUUAUAAAAGGUGUGGGGGGAACUGUCAGUUACCGUUGUUGUUUCUUUGUUGCUCAAUAUCUCUCUCGCCUGUCAUGAUGUCACUAGCUGCUUCUCGCGCAUUGCUCUCCCGUGUUUCCACUUCUGCUGUUCGCUCAUCCUUCUCGCUC